CAAGCGACAGUCGCGGCGGCGGCAGUGCUGAACACCAGUCGAGAGGAGCUCUCCGUGAGGCAGCAGAGUUUUCUUGUCUAUUGGGGCAGCUGCCUGCGGCGGCGAUCCUCAGCUCGCAGCCUGUGAGCGGACGCUGCAGCUAGGGCAGCGGUGGCUGAAGCAGGGUCUGAGGGUUACGUGGGUGUUGGCGGCGGCAGGCAAGCUCAAACGACGGGAUGCGCGGUCGCUACAGUGGUUGGCAGCUCCUGUUCAAGUGCUCCUGAAGGGGCCAUGCUACCGUUCACUCCUCAGGACGAGCUUUGGAACCAAGAAAUGGAGGUGUUCGGAGGCGGCGCAAGCAGCGGCGAGGUGGAUGGUCUUAAAAUGGUUGAUGAGCCAAUGGAAGAGGGAGAAGCAGAUUCUUACCAAGAUGAAGGAAUUGUUAAAGAAAUCCCUAUUACUCAUCAUGUUAAGGAAGGGUAUGAGAAAGCAGAUCCUGCACAGUUUGAGUUGCUCAAAGUUCUUGGUCAGGGAUCCUUUGGAAAGGUUUUUCUUGUUCGAAAGAAGACUGGUCCUGAUGCUGGGCAGCUGUAUGCAAUGAAGGUGUUAAAAAAAGCUUCUUUAAAAGUUCGAGACAGAGUUCGGACAAAGAUGGAGAGGGAUAUACUGGUGGAAGUAAAUCAUCCAUUUAUUGUCAAAUUACACUAUGCCUUUCAGACUGAAGGGAAGCUGUAUUUAAUACUAGAUUUUCUCAGGGGAGGAGAUGUCUUUACAAGAUUAUCCAAAGAGGUUCUGUUUACAGAGGAAGAUGUGAAAUUCUACCUUGCAGAACUGGCACUUGCUUUGGAUCAUCUGCACCAAUUAGGAAUUGUAUAUAGAGACCUGAAACCAGAAAACAUUUUGCUUGAUGAAAUAGGACAUAUCAAGUUAACAGAUUUUGGACUCAGCAAGGAAUCUGUAGAUCAAGAAAAGAAGGCUUACUCAUUUUGUGGUACAGUGGAGUACAUGGCUCCUGAAGUAGUAAAUAGGAGAGGCCACUCCCAAAGUGCUGAUUGGUGGUCAUAUGGUGUACUUAUGUUUGAAAUGCUUACUGGUACUCUGCCAUUUCAAGGUAAAGACAGAAAUGAGACCAUGAAUAUGAUAUUAAAAGCAAAACUCGGAAUGCCUCAGUUUCUUAGUGCUGAAGCACAAAGUCUACUAAGGAUGUUAUUCAAAAGAAAUCCAGCAAAUAGAUUGGGUUCAGAAGGAGUUGAGGAAAUCAAAAGACAUCUUUUUUUUGCAAAUGUUGACUGGAAUAAAUUAUAUAGAAGAGAAGUUCAACCUCCUUUCAAACCGGCUUCUGGAAAACCAGAUGAUACUUUUUGUUUUGAUCCUGAGUUUACUGCAAAAACACCUAAAGAUUCUCCUGGUUUACCAGCUAGUGCUAAUGCUCAUCAACUCUUCAAAGGAUUCAGCUUUGUGGCAACUUCUAUUGCAGAAGAAUAUAAAAUCACUCCUGUUACAAGUGCAAAUGUGUUACCAGUUGUUCAGAUAAAUGGAAAUUCUGGACAAUUUGCUGAAUUAUAUGAACUAAAAGAAGAUAUUGGUGUUGGCUCUUACUCUGUUUGCAAGCGAUGCAUACAUACAGCUACGAACAUGGAAUUUGCAGUGAAGAUCAUUGACAAAAGUAAGAGAGACCCUUCAGAAGAAAUUGAAAUAUUGAUGCGCUAUGGACAACACCCCAACAUUAUUACUUUAAAGGAUGUUUAUGAUGAUGGUAGAUAUGUUUACCUUGUUACGGAUUUGAUGAAAGGAGGAGAACUACUUGACCGUAUUCUCAAAAAAAAGUGUUUCUCAGAACGGGAAGCUAGUGAUGUGCUGUUUGUAAUAAUUAAGACAGUUGACUAUCUUCAUUGUCAAGGAGUUGUUCAUCGUGAUCUUAAACCUAGUAAUAUUUUAUAUAUGGAUGAAUCGGCCAAUGCAGACUCCAUUAGGAUCUGUGAUUUUGGGUUUGCAAAACAGCUUCGUGGAGAAAAUGGACUUCUUUUAACUCCAUGCUACACUGCAAACUUUGUAGCACCUGAGGUUCUUAUGCAACAGGGCUAUGAUGCUGCUUGUGAUAUUUGGAGCCUAGGUGUCCUUUUUUACACCAUGCUGGCUGGCUACACUCCAUUUGCUAAUGGCCCCAAUGAUACUCCUGAAGAGAUACUGCUACGUAUAGGCAAUGGCAAGUUCUCUUUGAGUGGUGGAAACUGGGACAAUAUUUCAGAUGGAGCAAAGGAUUUACUCUCCCAUAUGCUACAUAUGGACCCACAUCAGCGGUACACUACAGAACAAGUAUUAAAACACUCGUGGAUAACCCACAGAGAUCAGUUGCUGAAUGAUCAGCCAAAUAGAUAUGAUGCAUCACAUGUAAUUAAGGGAGUAGUGGUCACCACAUGUUCUGCCCUGACUCACAAGACCUUUCAACCAGUCCUUGAGCCUGUUGCUGCUUCAAACUUAGCUCAGCGACGGAGCAUGAAAAAACGAACAUCAACUGGCCUAUAAGAUUUCUAGUGUUCCUUAGCCAGACUGGAUGAAGAGAAAAUUAAAUGUGUGGCUUUUUGACUAAUCUUAUAUCAAAGGCAUUGUUUUCUGGUACAUUACUUGAAUAUUCUGUUUAAGCCUCCUUUUUUAGGGAGAUGAGAUAAAAAAAAAUAUACAGGUCCACAGUAUUCAUACUCUAUGUUGUUUUGUAGUGGUGUCCAAGUGUUUAAAUAUAUAAUUGGUGUCUACAAGGUCCUAACAACUUCUCUGCACACUAACUUGUAAAGUUCCUUUCAAAUAAAGUUAUUUUAAUAGUUUUUCUAGUUUCAUAAAAUAAUGAUUUGGGGAAUCAGUACCAACAAUCAGGAUGCAAAUACAAUAGUAUAAUGCCAAGCAAUGUCAAUAUUUUUAACAUCAGAUCCUGAAGAAUAGGCUUUUUUAAAAAAGAAAACAAACAAAAAUGUAUUGUACAAACUUGUUUUUGCAUACAACCAAAGGACUACAUUCAUUUGUGCUAAUACAUGAGCUCCUGAUAUAGUUGGUGCCAAAAUUUUUACAGAAUCAAAUCACAGAUUAUGUAUUCAGACAGACCUAUAUAUUAUCCAUAAAUGUCCUCAUCUAGAAAUAAAGGUUUCCAUAAGACCUCUGUAAAUUUUACAUCUAAUGAAAUUAUGGUACAAAUGAAUAAAUUUUGUAGCCAAAGGCUUUAUAAUUGGUCUUGUAAUCUACUAAAUAGGUUAUAAUUAAGCCUUUGAAAAUAAAGUACAUGUGUUGAUACCACCUUCAUGAUAUGUAGACAUACUUUCAAUUUACUCAAUUGGAUUUAAUCAUAUUUUUCCCUUUGGUAAUGAACUACAUUUUUGUCUUUGGACUUUCAAAAUUUAAUUACAGUGUAGUGUAUUAAUUUACCUUGAAUCCUAUGGUUAUAUAGUUUAAAUUUUAUUGUAAUGGACUUGUGGGCUUAGCCCACAUGAUAUAAUACAAUGCAUUUCAGUAAACUUUAAACAUUGCUACAAAGAGAUAAACUAACAUUUUGAAAAGAAAAUAAUAUUAAUAAUCUACAUAAAAUUUGAGCACAUUUUAAAUCUUAUUUAUGAAAAAAGUCUGGCAAAAUUGGUCUUAUUUUUAAAUUUAUGAUUUAGAACCAUGGGGUAGUAUAUAUUGUUAUCUCAAAUGACAGAAUUUUAAAGAAUCUUUUCAUUUUGUUGAAGAAAAUACCAUUACUACUACUACUACUACUACUACUACUACUACUACUACUGACAGAAAGAACUCAUGAAUGUAAACUGGAGGAUAUUACAGCUUUGUUUAGUGAAUAUAAGCGAACAACUUGUGUGUGCUAAGUGUACUGUUUUUUGUGUAUUUUGCUUAAUCCAGAGAGCAAGCUGAUUACUAAGCACUGAAGUAUAAAAUUUAGUCUAGAAGACUUGUAACUUUGGUAUUCAAUAAAGGAAACUAUACAUAUUCUCUUUAUAAUAUAAGUGAUAUAUAUUCCAUGUAAAAAGAUCUGUUUCUUUGGUAUGAUGUAUAAAAGUAUACAUCUUUACUUUGAGGUGUCUUUUGUAAUAAUUGAAAGAUUUAAAAACAUCUAAUGCCACAUGGAAAACAUUAUUUAGUAAUAGACAUGUACCAUAUCUUGUGGAUUUUUCUUUCUCAAUUUUGCCUUUUUUUUCCUCAUUUUGCUUUCUUACUAGAAUUACUUGCAUGUAACCAUUUGUGUUCAUAUAUUCUGACUUACUUUCCUCUUGUCAUUAUCUUAUUGGUGCUGUCAUGCCUUCUUUUUAUCAGAAUUAAUAUGACAAACUUAGAGGUAUGAUUUUGGUGUUGGACUUUUCAGAACAAAGAUACAAUUUCCAAGUAUUCUUUUCAAGUAAUAGCAUUAGGGUAUGUGAAAUUGGAAAGUGCAAAAUUAUCACAAAAUAACUUACAAUCUUUCUAUAUUAAUUAAUCUUUCCAUAUAAUUAAUUACAAUCUUUCUAAAUUAAUUAAUGGUUUUUAAAAGUAGAUUAUCUUAAUUAAUUUCUCACUGAGGUUGCUCAGAGGGGUAAUAUUAUACAGUCCUUUCAUGAAUGGAACACAAUCAGAAUUAAGCAAUGAACAGCAAGAUUCUUCAUCACUCAAUGAGGAUUGAAAAAUUAUAAAAAGACACAGAAACACUAGUAGAUUUUCCCAAUAAUGGUGCAAAACUUUUCUGCUGGAAAAUUCAAACAAAGUAGAUUUAAAAAAGUAGUAGGGACAACUUUAGUAUAAGGGAAAUCUUCAAAUUAUACUCUAAUUUUAUAGAAGGAAUCCAGAUAGGGACGCUUACUCAUGUACUUUUUGGCUAGAGCAAUAAAUUCAUAUGUAAAUGGGAGCUGUUUUGGUGGGGUUCCUAUAAAUGCUUAACCAGUAAAAACAAAUCCUUUCUAUAAAAUUUUAGUAUACUGUGGUUUCUAAUGGAUUCAUGAACAAUUAAUUUGCAUUGCUUUUCUUUUUAGUUGAUGGUUCUUGCUAGUAUUUACUGAUAGCACAAUUUAGGAGUUUUGUUGUUCUGGAAAGGAGAGGAUAUUGUAUUCUUAUUUUCCUCAGAGGGAAAACAUCAUGUUUGCCCAGAAAGACUAAGAAUCUAUGGUCCUAAAGCGCAUGUUAUCGUAAGUAAACACAGGAAGCCAUUGGUAAGUAAAUUAAAACGUAGUGGUGGUGAUUUUGUGGGGGUGAAAUGGUUUCAUCCAAUUCAUGAAAAUCAAACUUGAGCCUAUUUUGUUAGACACAGAAAUGCCUAAACAUUAAUUUUUGCAAUGUAUUGCUAUCAGUAAUUAAACAUAAAAAAAACA